CGCGCAGUACAAGAUGGCCGGGUCCGCGGCCAAGGACCUGCGCUCGUACAUGCGCGAGACGAGCAGCAGCAGCACGCGGGUUCGCGCCGCGCCGGCAAAGGUAGAGUUCCUCCGCAAGCAGUCGAUGCGGCCGGCGCCCAAGCCCCUGCCCAAGGAAAGGCCGGCGCUUCGCCGUGCGUCCGAAGCGCCACCCCCUGUGCGAUGGCGGUCGGCCAACGCGCAGAGCGUACGCUUGACACGCGCGGCGUCGUUGCCACCGAGUGGCGAGCAGCAACGGGUGGAGCCUACGACGCCGGUCAAGGUCUGCGACGAUCUUUUGCAGGAGUUUGCGGCCGCCAAACAGGCCUACACGACGCUUCAGGACGAGUGGCUAGAGAAGCUCACGCUCCUUGUGACGCGGAUCCACAGCGGGAACAAUGCAACUUCGCCCGAGACGGACGCUGCAUCUCCGACGGCGAGCAAUGUUCGCGCGUACUACGAGGCCGUGAUAGCCCGCCUUCAGGCUGACGUGGACUCGCUCACGGUCCAGCUCCACCAAGUGCGCGCCGACUGCGCGGCAGAGCUGGAUACACAACGGCGCCAGGCCGAGGAGACCCAGCGCAGCGCUCGCCGAGAGCUCCAAGGCGAGGUUCAGAGUCUCAUGCAAGAGAAUCGGGCGCUCGUGCUAGAGAAAGCCUCCUGUCAGCGGGCGCUGGCCGAGGCCAAGCUGCAGCUCCAGCGCCUCGACACGAUCGAAGAAGGGCCAGAAGACAUCGAUGCGAUUGCGUCGCUGCAAAAGGAAAACGACGAGCUGCGACUCCUCUUGCACCACGCCAACGCCAACAUGGCGCGCGACGAAGACGCCAUCAUGGGCUUGAAGCGCCAGCUCAAAACGUACAAGGCCACAUCGAGCAACCAAGACGACGCGCCCUCGUCGACGCCCGUGCGACGCGCGCCCAAGAUGACGAGCAAGCCGACUCCUGCGAAUCCCCUCGUCUUUGGUUAACUCUGAUAUUUCCCUGUACUAUACCAUCACACCACCGAUGGCCAUAGCAAAGCCAGGAAGGAUCGCAUUUGUCGGCAUCGCAUCCGACAAUAAUGUACAUGUCUACAUGCCC